AUGGACUUCUCUCUGGGCCUUCGACUGGGGCCUCGGAAUAAGAAGGCUACCUACCAGGAGCCCCCUCCAUCCUCUGGGCGUGGACCUCCAACUACCUCUCCCUGCUUGUCCUGUCCCCCUUCCGCCUGUGCCUGCCCCUGUCCCAGCUGCCCCCCUCCGCCAUGCUCCUGCACUGCUUGUCCCUCAGACUCUGCUGCCACCUGUCCUUCCUGUCCAGGCCUCCCUGGCCCACCCUGCACGUGUUCUUGCCCUCCCUGCCCUGCAUGUCCUCCCUCGACGUGUCCGCAUACCUGCUGCGUCCUCUGCUCUGGUCCAUCUAUGACCUACUGCCGGCCCUCGCCUUGCCCCAGUUAUUCUUGUUCCGUGGGUCAAACUGCCUGUCGGAGCUCCCGCUUGGGCUGCAGUAGUGCCUGCAGCUGUAGCCGUGGUGUUGCAUGGGGGCCUCGGGGCUCCACGGGCUGCUGCAGUGUCUGCUUCAGGAGACAGAGGGCUUCUCGAGGGUUCUGCCAGAUAAUCUAGGCUGAGAAGAUAUGUCCCGCAAAAGGUGGUUCCGCUAGCCCUGGAGCUAC